AUGGGCAUCCUUGACAAAAUUGCCGAAGUGGAGCAAGAGAUUGCUCGCACUCAAAAAAAUAAGGGUAAGUUUCACCUCCUUUUGUGGGUUGACCGUCAUCUCCAACAGCUACCGAAUAUCAUUUGGGCCUUCUUAAGGCUAAACUUGCAAAAUAUCGAGCCGAACUACUGAAACCCUCCGAAAAGUCUGCCAAAGUAGGUUCUCCGUGAUUGUAGUUCGUUAUGCAGGGCCUCAGGGGGAAGGUUUUGAUGUGAUGAAGUCCGGUGAUGCGCGAGUAGCUCUGAUAGGUUUUCCUUCCGUUGGCAAGGUAGGUUCGCUUGUGCUUUCUUUCCCCAUCACACCGGAUUUUUCCUCCUUUUCAAGUCGACCCUUCUGAAUGCUCUUACGUCUGCAAAGAGUGAAUGCGCCUCCUAUGAAUUUACCACACUCACUUGUGUGCCAGGUGUGAUAGAGGUUAGUUACUUUUAAACGGAAAAAGUAACUCAUUCUGUUUAGUACGAAGGUGCCAAAAUUCAGCUCCUUGACUUGCCCGGUAUCAUUGAAGGCGCCGCCCAAGGUACGUCCCACUGUACUAAAUAUCGUUGGUCUCCGCAUACAAUUUCCUAAGAAACACGGUUAAAUGUAAAACAUGUCUCAUUUUUAGGCAAGGGCCGUGGUCGACAGGUAAUAGCUGUGGCUCGCACAGCUGACCUGGUUCUCAUGAUGCUGGAUGCCACCAAACCUCAUGUCCAACGGUAAACUAUCCUAUAGUUCUUUGGACCGUUUUGACUGAUUUAACUGACUACUCAGUUGUUAAAAAUUCAGCAAUCCCUUUGAGACAACUUUCUGUGAGGUUUAAGUGAAAUUUCCGGGAAUUCGAGUCUAAUAGGCGAGCAUUCGCUCAAGCAACACUGGCUCCAUCACAACAAACUGUCUGAUAUGGUGUAUUUCGUGGAAACCUUCUCCAUGGAGCAGUUUCAGGGGGACAAGGAUAAGUCAAAACAUUGGUCCGACCGGUCAGUCACGGUAUCUUCCCCUCUACCAUUGGCUAGCUGGAAUCAUUACUCUUUUAUAUGCCGUCAGCCUUCACACCGCUGACAUAAACUCCAUGCCGGUCGAAUUAGUGGUCAACAUCACUGCAAUCUUUGGCAAAAACACAGCUUCGAGCGCCCUUUGGACUGGUGCUUUUGAACUGGUUUAUUGAAGCCUACUUUCUCUUUGAUGCAUAUCUGCUCUCAAGCGUAGCGAGGUGUGAAGUUGAUCGGCCUACCUAAUUUUCGCUAGAGUGCAAUAGAGUAGAGGCCGGCAACGCCGGUGCCCAUGGACGCCACCUAUAGGAGACAUUUACCGACGAACGGACACCCCUGCCCUCUUUUCGGUUCCCCGCAAGUCCAGGGAACCUUAUAUUUAUUAUCUUGCCGUUUCAAAGGCAUAAACUUCCUGACAUGUCGUAUCUCUGCAUCUGAGGUUGUUGUUUAUGACCGGAAAUUGCUGCUGUUCGUGCCUUUGGCUUCGAUCAUGACCAGUCAAGUUGUGCGUAUCGUAGCACUCUGGUCAUUCAAAUUCUGGCUAAGCUGUGACCUAAUGAACAGUUUUUCGUGAGGCGGCCCUGCGAAUAGAUGGUUUCCUGUAGUUCUUGGGUUUGAAAGUGGACGUCCCCAUCCACCCCUUCAUAAAGUCAGUUCAUGAUUAUGCCAGAAGUCGGCCGGGGAGGUGAUAUUUGGCGACUGGCUGUAUUUCCGAUAUCUUACUACUGCUACGGCUGAAUUGUUAGAUAGAUGUCUCAAACGUCAACAGUAUGGUGACUUCACAUGACCCACGACCGCUUAUUAGCCGGACUUAACAGCCUACCUAUUUCUCAGCUACUUUUCACUGAAGACUACUGCGUGUGGAUGUACUGGGUAGCUCGCAGUUAGACUCACGGACCGACACCGUAGAUGGAGACACGAUCAUUGGAACAAAAGCUUUAUUAGCCUGACGUUUCGGAUUCUCACUUGAGUCCAUCAUCAGAGACAGUCAGCAAAGCGUAGCGAAUUGUCCAGGACCGACCCGUCUUUGCGGAUGCUAUAAUAGCUUUUUGCUGACCCAGAGGUCAUCCAUAUGGGCGCCGCAGCGGAGGUAAGGUCGACUACUUGUCUUCCUGUCGUGAUGUUGCAAAGUAAUCCGGCAUUUCGUUGGAGAGGAUAGUUAGAUGGCGUUUGUGGACUUCCGCAGAACCAUCUUAGUUCAAAUAUGUAACCUACUUCACACUUAUAAGUAGCGGUUGUGGGUAGUUUUUAAUUUAGUUGGGCAUUCAUGCUCCCGGCGCCUUCUGUUUGUGCUACCAAUCAUGUUUAAUUAUCCGUGCCUGUACUUCUGGAUGCCUUUGCCACGACCUUACGGAUUUUUAUCUGAUAGCUGGAUAGUGUGCAAGCGGUGAGGCUACCCUCCUAAGUCAACAAAUUUUGAAGUGCACCUAGUGACAGUCGAAAACACUCGUAUCCUUAAAGUAGAUGUGCUGGAAGCAGUAGCUUUCAAUCUUUUCCGUCAUAUUUCCAGAGAACUGUUGGAAAAGGAAUUGGAAAGUGUUGGGAUUCGUCUUAAUCAGAGGAAACCCAAUGUUUACUUCAAGGUACGUUCAAUUUUCGUUGCUACAAUGCCAUUAAGGUAACCGAGGCGUGUAAGUGCUUCGAAUUUCCUAGACAUGACGAGUUGGGAGUAAUAAGUAUCUUCGCAGUCCUCUUUUAAACUUUAGGUUUCCCGAUUUUACGUCUUCUACGUCCAUCGAAACUCGUGAAAGACGGAUUUUUUUCCUUGCUUACACUUGCUGUUGGGAAUAUUUGCAUAUUCGGGGUGCAAUGACUAUAGACAGAACAUAAUAUUAAACUGUCUCACGACAUACUGAGCUUCGACUGGCAGUCAGUGCUGCUGCCUCCUUCUAUCUCGGUCUGCAGACUACUGCCACCUAGGCGAUCUACAUUUUCCUUUGGUUUUCAUUGGCAAUAUUGCAAGUCAUAUGAGACUGGCAUUCACCAACCUGUUAAGAUGGAAGGACGAAAGCAGAUAUUAAUAGGUAUUACUGGAUAACUCCGCUGGACCCGGAUUCGAAUCCCGCGUGCUCUGGCGCCUGGGAUUAGGGUACCAGAGGCUGACACCUGCUAACAGUCCGAAAUGAGACCCUACAAUGCACCCACUACAUUUUGGUAACGCUUCUCGAUACUUAACAAUUCAUCGUUACGUAACUGUCCCCUAUUUUUUUUAAAUUUGGAGCCCCGAGGCCGAACACGCAGUAGAUGUACCAUCUCAUGAAACGUUAACCGACAUUUGUUAAUGCGCCUCCAUUUCGAAAAGAUUACUAAAAUGGGGUUGUAAUACUAAUUAUCAUGUGACAUAAUGUCAGGAUAUUCUAGUCGCGUCAGGAUGCUGGCUUUCGGACGAGCUCCUUAUCGGCCGCCUAUGUAAAUCACAUUUCGUAAAAAAGGACCAAAAAUUGCACAAAAAUAUUUCUUUUACUCCUUCGGUAGCAGAUUACGUCUUCUCCCAGUUUUAUAUAUGAAAAAAGAGUAUUUUGGUUUUUUAAAAGGCUAUAUUUAUCGUACUGUAUCACAUCGGCGCAUUUAUUCAUGCCGCUUAUAAAGUAGGCAGCAUGGUCCAUAUCCAUCACGAAAUUUUACGGGCUCUAUAUGUCCUCUUCAUAAUAACAUAUAGAAAUGUAUGAUUUUCCCUGCACGAAAAAAUGUAUAGCUUGUAACUUGGAAACCUUGAGUGCAAAUGUUACGGCAAAUCGGGAUCAACAUUAUUCGGGAACUGAAAGUUUUUUUAAAAUCGAAUGAUACUCUUUCUUCAAGUAUAAAAUUUGAAGAAGACAUAAUUUUUUACCAAAUUAACAAAAUAAAGAAAAUGUUUUGUGCACUUUUUCUGUAGAAUAUUAUAAGGACCUCAAAAAUCAGUGUCGAAAAUUCCUGCUAUUUAGCCAAUCACCUUUUACGAAAUAGAGUUUAUGCAGGCGGUCGAUUAGAAGCUUAUUUGAAAGCCGGCGUCCUGACGUGACUGGAAUAUCUUAUCCCUAUGCGAUAUGACAAUUAAUAUUACGACCCUACUAAGGUAGUCUUUUGGAAUUGAAAACGCAUUUCGGAAUUUCAGUCAACAUUUCAGGGGAUAGCAUAGCUACUGUACAUGCCCAUUUCCGCCUGUCAGUCUGGAUAAGCCGCUAAACGUCACUCCUUCUUUGACGUUGAACUCUCUUGGUCGCAUCCGAGGGCGGUAGAUGCCAUGAAUAGAAAGUUAGACUCGGGAUUUUGUUAAACCUCACUAUUGACUGGAUUUUCUGAAUACCUUUUCACGGCUCUGACAGUGUUGAAUUUGCACUCGGGCGCCGGCUGACUGAUCUUGACUACAUAGGCGAUAUCAACCUGUUGGCCUCAGGUUUUAGGGAUCUACAGUCUGCGGUGUCACGCGUAAAUGAAGGCGAUAAAUACGUCGGUCAAUCCAUAGACGUUGGGAAGGACAUGGUGUUUUUGAGUAUCAUCCCUGACCGGGCGAGGGCAACCCUCGGGAUUAAUGGCCGUCAUAUUAAGAAUGUAGAUAGUUCCAACUACCUCAGGACGAGGCUGUUGCCAAAGUGAUAGCGUGAGGACGAAAGCGUCUCCUGAAUCGACGCUUCCCGCGACAUUGUCACAGUCCUUAGAAAGUGUCUAUGGACCCGACGCGAUAUCUCCAUUGCCUCGAAGAUCCCUGUGUGCCGGACAUCAAUUCGGUUAGUCCUCCUGUACGGUUGUGGAUGCUGGACUAUUAGACAAAAACUGGGGAUUUUUGACAAUCGUUGCCCAUCGAGCGAAGUACACUGACUUGCUUUCGAAUGAGGCAGUCUGCACUCACUCUAGCAACAUUGCGAGCAUAUCUCAAAUCAUCCAAGACGGACGACUAAGACAGUUUGGGCACUUUCUUCGCCGUCCCUCUCACAAGCCCUGUGUUACGCUCCUCGAUCCAUCGCCGUUGCUCACCUGGCGGCGUCGAUGAGGAGACCAACUGAAAACCUGGCUCGACGCAAUUCAGUAAGACAGGAGGGUUUCAUGAACCCCGGCAUUUGGUCACCGUCAUCGAAAUGGAGGUCUGUUGCCAAAGAUCGUCACGCGCGGAAGGGCAUGAUCACAGCUGUGCCAGGUGUAAGUGACAUUUCGACCGUCCUACAUGACGACGUCGACCGUAUACAGCACGCUGUGGGCGCGGGACGGUGAUUUAUCGUGAAUGAGAUUACGGUGGAGCGGAAUUGCCCAGCAUAUACCGCCCUCUUCCCUCUCUCACCCAUCUGGGAACACAAUGCCAGAGCGACCGGAGGUGGUGGACACGGUAGCGGUGACCGAUGAGACUAAACAGACCGUCCAUGCAUGCCACACGCGACCUGGUCCCGCACAAACGAGGGAGCGGCCUGCAUCUCACUUGCCUGACUGUGUCCUAGAGGUCACAUUUAACAGGAGCCGUCGCAGUCUGACGCUCAGAGUUUGUUGACAUAACAGCUUGGAGCAUGAAGUGAGGCAGGGAAGCAGUGGAUCGUUGGGACAGUUUUUUCAGUUCUUCGCUCUACUGAGCUCGUAGAGGAGUUCACUCUCAGCGUUAAGAUGGUCAUUGAAGUGAGUGGUAUUCGUGAGAUCCUACCCAAUCAAUGACCAGUAUUGCAGGUCUGGAUAUGCUCUCGCGCACGUGAAAUCCGAGCCGUCUCCCUCCCUCGUCCAUGACGUAAUAGAGCCAAGGCGUAGGCUCACCUCCGUCACUCUUCACACGCACUACUGUCCAAGAGGACUGCAUUAUCCUGUUUGUUGGCAACUUUCCAGGCCGCGUCUUUUGACGUGUCGUGAUAAAUUUAAGCGCAUCAAACUCAUUAUUAGUGAAGAGUUCGCUGAUUUACCCCGAUGAUGGAUUCCAAAGAAUCGGCCGCAAUCUCCCAUCUUCAGUCGACUGCUCAGACCUGCCAACCGUCCGUUGCCAAGAUGGGCCCCAGGGACUGACGCGACGUGAUGGCCUACAUCUGGGUGUGCCACCACAUCCGGCAAACGAAGUUGCAUACGCAUGCAGCACUCCAAACGUGACAGGAUUGAGCUUCUCUGAGAGCUUUUCAGAACCCACGGCUAUCUACUCGUAUUCACUGAGAGAUGUCGAAUGCCCCAAAUGGUUGGACACGGGAAUGUGAGCCCUCGUAUUAGCUUAUAAUGAGGUGGACUUGCGAAGUAUCGACCGCACCCUGGCAGUUGUUAACCUUCGAGGUCCGAUGGAUGGCACGUUGUGUAGGCGCGUCAAGUUUAUGCUAGUGAGGGAUCUGCUGAUUUGCCUUGGCGAUGGAGUCCUCAAUGUCGACCUCACUCUCCCUUGCCUCUCCUAUGCACCAGUCCACUGUCCGAACCUGUUAACCAUUGAGUGGCGGGAUUGGACGCAAUGACUGACGCAGCGUGAGGACCUACGUUUAGGCCGUGCUAUCGCAUCCAUGCAUGACAGUAAUUACGGGCUCACGCGGACUUGACGCAGCCUGGUAAACGCGUCCCGCCAGCUAGUCUGACCUCUUCUCGUUUCGGUUCAGUAAAACCCACUGCUGGGAGGGGGGGGGGCGGACCAAACACGAGUGAGUAGACACGAGAUGUCCAGUGGCACACUGGAGCCGAGUUUGAAUCCCGGAUACUCAAGUACCUGAGAUUGGGGUUUCGCCUUCUGAUGUCGACUAAUAUGCCAGGAAUGGCCAUUCCGAUAUUUCGAUAAGAGUGUUUUUUAAAACCCCAAGAAGGCGUGAGUAAAAGGAGUGUUCACCCUACUGGGUCUAUAGAGAAUUACGUCACCUCAAGAAUUAGGAUUUUUAAGAGGGAACACCUCGGUACCAAAAAUGUAUCGAGACUUGGAAUGCGCUUGUUUGAAUAUACGCGCCACCUGGCAUCAUAACGGAGCAUGCCAGUUCUACCUUGUACUUUUCGGCGCCACUUCACGGAACAUUCGCUGUGCGCAUGCCAUCCGUGGGUUGUAUGAGGAACAUGCUCCACCAGAAAUUGUGUAUCCGAAUUCGCUACUUCAAAACUCGAGAUACUUGCACGCCCUGGAUUUGGACUUCUCCUCUGGUUUCUAGUUAUUAGGUAGUACAGACUACCGGGUGUUUGGAAACAGUCAAAUCUACUUGACCGCCAGUACAGUUGGGGGCCCUCAAUUUUUCACCAGUUAGGCCCGUGGAGGGCUCGCAUUUAGCACGCUUGAGCUAUAUGUACCCUUUUUUGAGUAAUGAUUUUCGACCAUACUGUCCUCACCAAUGACUCCCAGCCUGCUGGGGACACCAUUUCAACCAUGAAAAAAAACUGUUAAUGGAAACAUUUGUGUCUUUAAAAAUGUUACCUACUCUCGCUACUUUUGUUAAAUAUUGCUGUACAAUCAUUUUUAGGCAAAGAAAACGGGCGGACUUACCAUCACUUCCAUGUGUCCUCUCACGCAUAUCAAUGAGAAGAUGGUGCAGAUGAUUCUGCAUGAGUACAGUAUCCUUUCAGCUCAUUAUAAUUAAAGCACUCUACCAUUUCUUACAAGAAUGUAGUGGAAUCUAACAGGAGUAAUGAACAUUUUGACCAACCGGCUAGGUUUGUUGAGCACUUUUAUCUCUCAGCUCUCUUCUCUCCUUAGGAAUUAAUUGGCUAGAUUGGAGUAAAUCAGACUAGAUGAGGCCUUAUAGGCCCAAGUCGAGAGCUGGUAUGAGUAUUUUAGUCGAAAUCUAUGACCCUCUACGAGAUGACCGCGCGAUAUUCAUAAACGGCCAGCAGAUAGCUAGUAGUAUACGUAUGUUGCACGAUUUUGCCAUAUUGACAGUACAGGUAUUAACUAACGAUAGCUUGCCAAAUUCGCGAAGAAUUUUUAAUGUGUCGCCUACAGGGCUAAGGUCUUUUCUAGUGUAAAAGUUGACGGAUUUAACUCAUCCACCUGCUAAAACCGGUUUUCGACUAGAUGCCUCUAAAAGCUGCUAACGUGGUUUUAAUAGAGCACGACAAAACUAGGCGAAUAUUCGGAAAAGUGAAUUUUACAGAGGCGGUCACCCCUUCUGUCCUAGAAAGAAGCUGAAUGAAUGCUUGCCUCGCCUCUGUAGAUGAACUAGAAAUGUUCUGUGCAAUAUGGCUCAAAUCAAUCAGUUUUUGUGAGCGCGGCAUUUAAAAUGUUUCUAGAAGUUGACAGCUUAGUGUUUAGAACAUUGUUAUCUUAUUUAAGUUACCUCUAUAAUUAUCUCCUUUUUGCUUUCGAACCUUUGUAAGAAAAAAGAGGGCCUUUUUAAAUAAUUCUGCACAACACAAGAGCUGUUAUUUAUCUAAAGCUCCCAAGAAAAAGUAACUUUUAUCAUUGCCAUUUUUGGUUAAUUCGAGUAUUCUGUGGGAUACCAAGUUGUCACGCAUACUCAGACUAAGCGAGCUUACUGUUGUUAUUUCUUAUUUUCGGAGCAGUUGUUUCUAAUCUCACUCGCUCAUGCCCGCAUCUCGUGAAGGCGAAAAUGCAACAGCUACUAGAUUAAUUUCAGUACACAUGCGGAGUCCUCCGCGAAAACCAUUUGUGCCGUGUCUAGGCCGAAUCCGUAUCGGCCAGUCCAGUUGAACGGUCUGUAAAUGCACUUUCUAAAGUGCGCGGAGUGCCCACUACUGUUUACGGAGACCGUUGAACAUUCAUCAACUUGGCGCGCCAAAAAUCUAAGCAGGCUUCCGCAAUGUGGCAUUAUUUAGACCCGUUGGGUUGACAUCUUUCCGCCUUUUAUUGUUUUGGUGAUUUUGCGCAUCUACUUUGUGUUCAAGCUGCAGUGCUGUUGAUAUAUUCUGUCCUUUUACUAACUCCUAGCCUAAAAAUCUUCAUUUUUUCCUCCCCGGAAACUUCUUAACUCAUUAUUUAAAAAGAAAUUUUCAAUGCCGACGUGGUCAUACGAGAGGAUAUCACACAGGACCAGCUAAUCGACGUGGUUGUGGGCAACAGAGUCUACCUAAAAUGUCUUUAUGUAAGUUCCCACUCGGGGUUUUUCUGUCUCCACUUUUGCCUAUUUUCUGAUUCCUUGAAGCAUUUCGCCGCUUUCCAAAACAUCAGACGGUCAUCGAGGGUUCGCUUGUAGUAUUCUUAUUGGAAACACAUUGUCUGCUUUUAGCGUCUGUAGCACUUCUGACUCAAGCCUUUUUUUCCUCCAAGACACGGGUGCACCUCACUGAGGUUCUGUGGGUGUGCCAUGUUGGAUCGUUUCUUUUAAAGGCUGCACUCGCAUUCGUCUUGACUCUCCCAGCUGCUCGUAUGCAUAUUCUAGUCCAACGGCAGGUCGACCAUCACAAGCGUUAGGGUCCGUUCUCUUUCCUGAGGGCACAGUUUUGAGCUGCAGGCAAAUUUUUUUCAUAAUGAGGGAGAAUUGCGCAGUCGCCAGCUCACUUCCUUCACGCCCACCGCACGCCAAUGGUAGGACGUAGUCCAGAUAACUGGAGGUCUACCUGAGCGUAGUGGCCAACGGGGCUAAAUUGUCCGUUUACGGGUGCCACGCACGACCGCAAAACUAGGUUCGAAGGAAGAGGAGAAUCUCGGAUCUCGCGCAAGCUGGAGUGCCAUGAGAGCCACGCUAAGAGGGGUAGCCAUUGCAGCCCGACCUUCAGGCCAAAGAAGGGCUGAGUUAUUCCGUCAAGUCACGACUGCUACCCCAUCGACCCAGCUUGGAUACAGAGAGUUGGGGUUCGCAUUGGCAGGAGUUCCCUCAACACCGUCUUCUGCGCACCGCCUUGGAUGCAGGAGCAAUUUCGCGACGCCCAGAAAACCAAUAACAUAUCCUCAAGCAAGACAGCCUCGUUCUUACUCUCCGUGUGCUCGAGUUUUGGGGUUGCAGUGUGAAGUGCUAUGGACUUCAAUAUUGUUUUUGCAAAACAUAAGUCAUGAAUACAAAGCUGUCUGAGCAGAACAGAAUGCACAAGCGCAUUCCAGCGAACGCUGACAGGCCUGCUACUAACGUGACUCGGAGCUCAUGUAAACUGUAUUAUUGACCGCCAGUCAUGCGAUAUCUCGCAGGCAAUACCCAGGCUGUACUGUUUUGAGAAUCCUUAUGUAGGCGAAAAUAGCCGAACAGGGCCUACGUCGCGUCUGAGUGUUCCGGGUCAGCGCAGGUUGGUGUUGACUGGGGUUUUUGACACUGGUUCUUCAGUCGCACACUAAUAGAUUCGCCGGAGGCUGACAUGGCUGAUACAGAAUUUGAAUGUGCGAUUUCAUUUGGGGGGGAGCAUCUUGACGCUGUGUCCACGUUACUGGUGGGUGUAUUUUGCGUCCUGACGGCGUUCACGUUACGGCGGGUACGAAGACGUCCAAACAAGCUGAGCCGGGGCUGAAACAUGGUGUUACUUUGAGGGGGACUAGCCAGGAAGCGGAAGGUGCCAGCCAUGAUGGCAGUUUUUUGGUGUGGGGGGAGGGGGUUGGUUAUGUUGACAUUGUGGUCGACCUGAAGGUGUCGCGCGUGGCUUAUCUGUGCCUUGAGUGUAGACUGACUAUGAAGACGUGUGGGCGAGAUUGGGCGUUGGUGGUGUGGGUUCGUGAUAUUGUCGUCUUGCGUGUUUGAUGCUUUGCCGUGAUCGCUCGUAUUUGGUUCACCUCAAACGUUACUGUUCCAGUUUUUACGUCAGUACACGAAGCCUGUCGAUCCUGUGCAAGGGCUUCCUGGGUCUCAUUUAGUCCCGUAGCACCUAACCGAUAUUAUCAGGGUGUCCUUUUAUCGUCGCUUUCGCCCACUGUACCCACGAGCGCCCGUAGCGUCAUCGCCGCCGUCCUCACAACAUGGCUGGUCUGUUAUAUUUGAAUCUGCUUCAGUGUUGCUUAGGUGCUGAGUCCGCCCCUUUUCCCCUGCCCUGUGAUCUGUUCCUACGAACUCGCCUCCAGGAUCCUUCAAAGGUAACUUUGAUGAGCGUAGUUUAGAAUGCAUACCCUAAAUUUGAUUCAUGGCCCACGUGUCGGUGUCGCAGGGUGACAUUGUCAAGACAAUGGUCACGGCGAUUCCAGACUGCACCUUUCAAAUUGUCGAAGAGCUGGCGGGCUUUUGAAGUCUAGCUUGGACAACAAGGCUCUUUAAACGGGCCACGUGGUAGAUGCGGUGGGCGAACACGGAGGCCAUAUAGGAUCCUGGCAGACGUUAUUGGAAUGCGCACCAUGACAACUGUAAACAUUUGGGGGUACGGUGGCAGACGCGGUUGCCGGCAGACGUUGCGCACACUGGGACCCCUGCCGCCACCCAUUGUUGUCGGUCAAAAACCUGAUCAUUUGAUGUGUGGACCAGGGGGUGCGGAGUGGAGCACCAAGAUUCGAUGUCGACCGUGUCAUCCACCUGUGCCCUCUCCCCGCCUCCGGUCUUCUCGACUCUGUCUUGACAUUGGGUCCAGGUGGGAGAGGAGGAGAAAGUGCGGUUGAUGCUGUGCAAUUCUACAUUCACUAUAAGCCAAUUCACGCACAAGUCACCGUCCCGGCCUCACCAUGCUGUGGAGCACACGGUGGACAUCGUCGGCAACGACGGUCGAACUGUCGAAUCAGUUCCAAGUUUGUUGGCAAGGAGUCCCGCACCCUGUAACGUGAUUUCACCGACCACCAAGAGGCCGAGGACGCUGUCCUUGGACAUCUUGAUUUCUGCAUCCAUCAAUUAGAAGCUGAGUAGACGUCCAUCCUUUCGGUUGUUGACAUUACUUUUAGUCCGCACGUCACGGUGGGCGUCAUCGCCAUGGCAGAGAACACGGAGGCGCACGUGAUUUAGAACGAUUUUCCGACAAUAGGAUUGCACCGUCUGAGCUGAGGAGUAUCCCAGUCCUCUUGUCUGCGGAGUCUUGACUGCGUUGAUAGUCACGAUGAAGUUCGUCCUCUCUCCUCUGUUCCGCCUCGCGGACCGGCCAGUGAUUUUGCGUCCUGCUCAACCUCUACUGCAGUAGACUUCGGCAUCGUAAGGCUGCAUUUUUGCCUACCCCGAUCGUCCUCCCCAUCUGGGUUUGGGAUUACCCACUACCUUUUAUUCAAAAAGGAGACACUGAAUUUCUCCAGACAGAGGGCGUAAUGUUUCUCACGGAAAUUGUCCUUCAUACAGCCAUGGUUUGUUAUCAAAGACCGGAACGCAGACAGUGCAUUCCUCACCACGUAGUCUGAGCCUCGUGGUCAUGAGACGGUUGUUGAUUCCCUGCGGGAAGUGGGGAAAUUGGCACAUCAGAUAUUUUUUUGAUGGCAAAGGCCAGUCCAGCAGCUCGUCAAUCGGCUUUUUGGACCUCCGUUGCGCAUUUCAUCCGAUAGUCCUUGUUUAGAGAAGCGAACUCCGGGCCAGUUCACGGUCGGCCAGAGGUGUCUUCCCUUCUGGCUUAUCAGCAGUCGUACUGCCAGGAUGAACACAGCCAUUCUGCGAGAUAGGGGGGGGAGGGAAUAGGAGAUGGGGACGUUGGUUGUCAUUAUGUCUUAUAUUCCUUCGACCAUUUGCACGACAUUCACAAUCAACAGUUAACCUGCCGACGGCGGGAUUGCCUGCACUCAUCAGGGUACAUUAUCCAACCUCUUCUCUUGCGAUAGGGUACUCUGUACUCCUCUAAGCAGUGCAGUUCAGUCAUCUCGGGUAACCGCUAGAUCACGGCGUUGGUUUAGUCUGGGAAAUAAUCCCAAUUUGCCUGAGCCGCCUACAAGACAGAAUGCCGCCCUUGCCAUAGACAUGCUUUAUGAGGAGGCGUGAGUGGGAUUCAGACCUUGGACGGACGUCGACGCGCUAUUGUUGAUCCCCAGCAUUCCCGUUCGGCAUGCUUGUGAAGUAACUUUGACCCCUGCUCCUCUCCGCUAUGAAUCCGUCGUGGCCGGAGUGCGUUUCUCAUCAAGAGAGGUUGAUGAACGACAUUCUCACGCAUACCUGUUAAGUACCUGAGUGAGAGGGAAAUAAGGAAAGUAAGAAGGGGAGGAGGCCAUUGGUAAGGGUUCUGCAUGACCGAAGGAAUUGAAGUGUUCUCUGUUUUGCAGGCCAGAUCGCGUUAGUGUCCCAGCUCUCCACCCGAAUCGAUAACUUUAUUAAGUCCUCCUCGCUCUCUGGAUCAGUUCGUUCUCGUGCUCUCGCGGUCAUUCGUACAACUGGUGUUAGUACUUGCGAGGUUUCCAGCCCAAGACCACACCUUCCGGGCCCGACUUCGAAUUAUUGGCCAUACUGUCCAGUGUUCCCUUACCCCUGAACUUGUCGAACAUGCACUUACUAACCGGACCUGACCUGAUUCCGUGCUGCGAAACACAGGCCCCCUUCUUUACUUUCGAGCUGCACGCUAUGGUCCUUUUAAGCAUGUCGACUGUGCCUGUUUCGACUAGUUACUGUGUGCACACGCAUGCAGGCAUAUCACCUUACUGUCACUCUUGGUCUGCAGGCCUGCGUACUUUAGAGGCCUGUCUUUCAUUACCUGUCGUUCUACGAUUCGUUCCUGCCCCGCCAAUUGCUCAUUCCAGUAUAUGUUGAGCAACCAGCUGCCAGCACCAUAUUCGUUACAGCUCAAGAUUAGACUCCAGCCCAGUCUCUCUGUUGUUUGACUUGUAUCCUCUGCUGCAUUUCCGAAAAGUUGACUUUGCCGACCUCAGUGAUAUGAGAUUGCCUGGCCGAAAGAGAGAAAUGACUACUUUUCGCUGCCGUACGACCAGGCGAAAAGGCAAAACGGAACGUUCUUCUUUUGAACUGCACCAACAGAUGGCACUGGACUCCUAGCAGAAAGCAUCUUCUGAUUCAAGCCCGAAGUCCCCGAGUCAUUGGAGCCGACUGAACCCGUAGGAACAGUCUUCCUUGUCUUUGUCGGUUAUAGCAUUCUGCCUAUAUAUCAUGCGCCGCUGUGCGGCUGCUGGUUAGGCUCGAGAGAGAGCCCUUAAGGCACAACGGAACGAGUGAGUUCCGUAUGAACGAUCGGUGAGCGCCCCCUACCAUUGUAUAUUCCCGAUCGAAAACCGACAGGGCAACGGGCUCGUGGCCCGGUGGGUAGAGGCUUGGAUUUCUAAACUAACAGGUCGCGAGUUCGAGGCUCGGGUGUUCCACACUUCGGGCUUGGGUAUCGCUGGCUGACGACGGUUAAUAAGCCAGAAAUGGCCAUUCCAGUCUCCCUUGUCUUUGUCGGUUAUAGCAUUCGGCCUAUAUAUCAUGCGCCGCCGUGCGGCUGCUGGUUGGGCUCGAGAGAGAGCCCUUAAGGCACAACGGAACGAGUGAGUUCCGUAUGAACGAUCGGUGAGCGUCCCCUACCAUAGUAUUCGGGUCGUUCGCUGUCGCACUGGGCUAUGGUGACUUGCGCGGCGCGAUCUUGAUCUCGCGCUCUGUUGUUUACCCAUCCGGUUCAAAUAAAAUCCGCCCUAUGGGGAGUCUUCAUUUUCUGCCGGACUUGAUCCGAAUGCAAACAACUCCGACGGCGAUCACGCCGCCGUCUGCGUUGCCCUCAUCAGAUGCUCGCUUUGAUGCUUUUUGGGUGGUCAAGUCUCCUUCAGUGUGUCACUCUUUCAUGUUCACGAACUGUGCGAAUUUGGCGACUCUGGGGACAUGCAUUGUACUUUCUUUGGCGCACCCUCACACGGCAGUACUCGCCAUUUGGCUAUUUGAUGGUGCCUUCUCUAGAUACGGACUUACUAAGCACAGGAUCGCAUUUAUUUUUUGCGCGCGUUUGAUGCGCGAGCGUCGAGUCGGGUUGUAACUGCGCGUGUGUAGAGCACCGCAGGCCGCCGCCGCCCGGGAGGAUGCGUCAUCGGGUUCAAACCGAGCGCAGACGUGUUUACGCGGCUUUCCGUCCCCCAUUUCCACAGUGCCAUAAGCACGGUUGUUGCUUGUAGUAAAGAAAUAAACUGUUGGUUGCAUUUCCUGGCUUGCUGAAACAACGCGUCCCCCACCACUGACGUUGAAGGUAUUCCGCUGUGCUUCAGUAGUUAGUUUGUUGACAGAAAAUAUGGUGUUCAAAUGGUUGUGAAAAAUACCCGUACCAGUUUCGUUCGCGGUGUAUGAAAUGUCUUAACUACGGCCCGUUGGAGAGUAUUGUAGUUUUUUUUUCGAAUCAGCCAACUCACGCGGUAACCUCGCUGUGCUCCUACAACGAGUCUACGCGGGAGGUGCGCUGAACGAACACGAGGGCCAGAAAUGGGGGCACGGCACGCGCUAUUCGGACUGCCCGCCCAUGAUGAAUGCAGCACAUGAUGAGUGUGGCAACAUGCCUAGGCGCGGGUCCACGCCACGCCGAUCGCCUGCACCCAAUCCCCUCAUCAGAUAGCUGACGGGUCCGGAGAGCAAACGGGUAUGUGGGAUAGAGGAGAGAGCGAAAGUGAGCUCUACUCACUCAGCGUAUAUUCCUCACUAUACACAGUCAGACUCGUUCCUAAUCUAUCAUGGUGCGCUAACGGCCGUGUCUUGGAAGACUGCCAACUGACGGGACAACUGGGUCCUUCUCUGAAGACUCUGAGUCAGGCUGCAAUGGCUCCUUUUUACCGUGACAUCUAUGGCACUCCCAAUCAGUUGGGAUCCGAGCCUCUCCCUCUGUGUUUCUGUGAAAACUUGGUCCAUCUUGCUCAGACUAGGCGUGUGUGUGGCACGCGCAGACUGUCUGUUUAACUUUGCUUCCGUUCCCGCCUCUAACCCCUACUCUGUCCUGGCACCGGACUUGGCUGGGUAAGAGAGGAGAAAGCGCGGUAGAUGCAGCGGAAGUUUGAUACCACUGCAAACUAAAACACACGGAAGUCGCCGUUCCUGCCCCCACCUGGCCUUGGAGCACUUGGUGUACAUCGGCGAGAACGACAGCCGAACUGUCGUCGUCGUCGUCGUCGUCGUCGUCGGUAACUCAACGUGACAGAAUGGAAAAGUGUGACUGCUCUGUCACUUACUCGUGAUUCCGUCUUAUGUCAAACAUUUCCUGACGGUGAAUUCUUCAGGAAAGAUUUGUUCGAAUCAUUAAACUUGUACGUUAACUGUUUUCAAAACAAUCCGGAAAUAGAAUCAGUACAGUUCGUUAAACAGAUUUCAUAUAAAAGCGAAAAGUUGUGCCACCUUUGCGCAAUGACUUUCCAACUUUCUGUGAAUCACGUCAAAUGGGUCACCAAGUGUACGGCCCAUAAGUCCCGUUUUUCAUUCGUAAAUUUGCACCGAUCUAGGAAUGUCGGCAGGCUUCAGUGACCGUUUUUCCUCAGGUUAAGGUAAGUCUUUCUGUUUCAGACAGGCGCGAGACGGAUAGAACAUCCGGAGGUAUUGGAAUUAACAAACUGGGCCCCCUAGAACGAUAGCUGCCUAGCUCAGGAGGUACCUCACGAGAUAAAGUAAACACACAUCAGAAUCUGUCCAACGAAAUGAAAGUGGUCCGUCUACGAGCGGGCAAUAAUGGCACACUUCUCAUAAUCGGCGAUGGCUAUCUGCGCCAGACGAUUAGGUGUCGAUGAGGACUUGCUGGUUAGCGAGAUUAUAGGGAGCCUAGCAUUGGUCUGUCUUCAUUCUCACUAUCGUCAUGGUUCGGUGCCGCAGCUACACCGAACUACUGACUGCGCGCAGUGCCGACCCAACAUAAAGUCCCCGCCUACGCGUGCCACAUCACGGCUGGUCUCUCCGAAACUCGCCAGAUAUCCUUGUCCGGUUUUGUGCAGAGGUCUAAACGGCGUCUAAGUCUGACUGCUAUGCAGAGCACGGUUUCUUGGAGCCACGGAUGAAAGCUGUGGGAGGGCGGGCGUCAUUCCAACAAAGUAUACCUCUCCUCUCUGUAGCCCUCCUGGCGGCGAGAACUGAGGUCUGUAUGGCAGCACAUAGUACUCAUGCCCGCAGCCGAGAGAAAAUAAUUUUCCACAGGGUUUGGUGUUUUGUCAGACGUCUGACAAAGAGGCCUCCCGCCGUUUUGCCUUGACCGUCCUCUCAUAAGGCAUCUUUUCGGGUUUGGCCAUUUGACAACGACACUCUAUUAACCGGCUAUUUCAUUUGCGCUUACUGUUCUUAACGCUAUAGCAGCAGCCUUGGGAAUUGCGCGAGCACACUCAAAUGGGGUGCUCGUGGAGUUUCUAUUUUUGAUGGCGUUUUUGUCAAUUUGCUCCUGUGAAUGCUGCCGCAUAGGCUGGUGGUAGGUCCAUUAAACGGUUGAGGUCUGCCGGAAAUGUAUUCGGCGCUUGCGUUCUCGGGGUCUGUCCAGGACUUUGACGAUUUCGCAAGGCAUUCUGCAAACCUUGUGGAGCAUUUCUUCAUCAGGCGAAAAAUAGUCUGCCGUGUGAUUCCUCCAUCUCUCUCGUCAACAAGCAUGCAAAAGUAGCGUUUUCAAUAACAGCCUGCCCUGUAAAUUUUUCAACGAGCGUCUUCCCGGCCGCCCGCAGAAACUGCACAAAAUAAGGUCUUGAGUAGUAUGAAUCUUUCUGGUGAUUUUCAAUGCUCUUAUAAAUUCACAUGUAUUUUACAGUAAAAAUGCACAAAAACAGUUUUCUUGUACUCACUUGGUAGAAAAUUGCGUUUUAUUCAAAUUGUGUGCUUGAGAAAGGGGUCUUUUUCUGUUCUAUGAAGUUGUUAAUUAUGCAAUUUUUAAGACCGUGAAAUGUCCAUUCAUACAGCAUUUCAUCUAUCCGUCUAUUCAUACUGUUUGUACACUAUACAACAUGGCCCACGUUCAUUGCCAAAUUAUAUGAGCCGUAUAUAGUACCUUCUUAAUAGCAUCGAGGAAUGUAUGAUUUCCCUUGUGUGGAAAGUACACAGUUUGCAGACCGUAAACCCUAAACGGAAAUGCAACGGCAAUUCGGGCUUAGAUUGCAGGGGAAUUAAUGAACUUCUUUUAAACCCGAAUAUAUUCUUUUUCAAGCCUAACAUUCGAAUAAGACGCGCUUUGCUACUAAAUUAGUGCAAGAAGGGCUAUUUUUGCACAUGCUUUCUAUAAAACGUUUUCGGGCUCGAAAAUCGUUGGAAGAAAUUAAACGACCUAAGCAGUCACUUGUUACCAAGUGCAGCUUUUUCAGGCGAGCGAAAAUAAGCGCAUUCAAACCCUGACGUCCAGGAGGGACUGAAAAAUCUUGUGAUUAUGCUUCACGAUAAUCAAUAUUCCGAUCCCACCAAAGUAAUCUUUUCUAAUCAAAAACGCCGUCACGAUCGCGGCCAACAUUUCAUAAGAUUGGCCGCUGACUGUACACCCCAACUAAAUUUUGUUAUUCAUGCCCCCUUACCGUGCUCUUCUGUCUUCUGAGAGACGGAUUCUUUUGUUUUUACAAUCAGGCCUAUAACAAGAUUGAUCAAGUUUCGUUGGAAGAAGUGGACGCGCUUGCCAGAGAACCGGACUCCAUCGUAAUCAGGUUAGUGUGUCCCACCUUGCUGUUUUUCCCAAUUUAGACACCACUGUUUCCCUAAUUAUUACGGACCGAAGCAGUCAUGGGUAUCUCACUGUGUGUGUGUACGCGAGAGCCAGGACCAGUUGUACCAUCCACUUGAGUAAAUAUAUUUCGUAAAUGCAGUGCUGCCCUCGACUAAUAUAACCAUUUAUAAAGGCGAAAAGGACUGAGCGUCGAGAAAAUGAGUUUUCCUGGCUAUAUCUCUCGCACUGCUUUUCAGGUCCGUCUUUGGGCGCAUGAGAAUGGAAAAAAGACUAAUUGUUUGAUCGCGGAGUUCGGUUAACCAACGCCCCCCACCCCAUGUCCCCAGAAAUGACCGUACAAAGUUUGAUGAUAAAGAUCAAUCAUGGAACUGGCCUGUGUCUUUUGGCGUGGCCGGAUAGGACUCGGAAGCGCGGCAGUUCCACCCACCUACUGGCCGAUUGAUCCAAUUCCUACCCAUUGACGACUUCUAGCAUUUCGUUGCUCCUGUCUGGUCCAAAUUCUUCCACAGCAGGGAAUUCGAAGUUGCGAUUCUGUUCGUGACAGGGAGUAACCAUAGGCGGCCUGGUAUUCUGUUUUACCUGUGUAAUUACAGAGACAGUCGGUGCACAUGAUGCAUUAUUUGACCCCAGGAUAUUGACCUGAAGAGACAUUUGUCAUACCCCACUUGUGCAGCACAGAAACUUGAUGAAUCUUGUUUUCCAAUGCGCCAGAUACCCAAUAAGAACAACUGACUUUAUAUUAUGGUUGCAAACUAGAUGGCUGAGUCAACAAAAUAGACUCAAGGUGACUUGUUGGCGCCGGUACACCGAUGCUAUCGUGUUAAUUGAUGGGCUUGCAAAAUCUCUCAUCAAGUAGACUAGGAAAGUUCAGUUCCAGCCAUUGAUUUUGUGCAGACAUUACGGACGCUCCCGUCAUGACACACCCUAGUAACUUCCUACUAGAUUAGUAUUCGACUUUUUAUAGGUUCCUCACGUUGAGCGAGAAGCGUUCGCAACUUAAACUUUUAGUCAACACAGCCCACUGUAUUAUAUGAGCAUAAUUUUGGAUGUGAGCCGACAAACCGGCGUCCAAGGACUAAACUCCCAGAUCAAAACUAACACAUAACAAAGUCCUGAUGCCGCCACGAAGAAAUUACCCCCCUGGAUGCAUUCUAUCUGACGAUGAGGCGAGAAGAAACGACAUAAGUAGGAGUAGGCAGAAAAAAACAAGAGAUUCGACCCCACUUGCAUUCUGUCACAAUGCGGGCCUCAUCCAUGGAGUAAAUUUAUCGGGGUCUCAGGUAGAAAGAGGCCGACCCCUAAAAUCCUAUUCAUGCACCUGUAUUUUAUCUUAGUGCUCCUGUGAAGCAGGUUGUGCUGGUCACGCGACUGGGCGUCCAUACAGGAGAAUAUGUGAUCUUUAUCCUGCCUGACUCAGUCUUAACCCCCGGAUCAAUCUCGCGCGCCGCCUUGACUCAUUUAAUGCGUCGCUAUGAAGUCGUACAUGUCGGCGACAACACAGACGACUCGCUAUCCGUGGUGUUGUCUGUGUUGUGUAUGGAUCGGGUGACCAGGUCGUGCGUGUGGCGGGCGCAUACGGGCUUUCUAGUUCUGUCAGCCACUGCACCCAUUCCCCCCACCAGACAUCCGACCGGCUCGGACAGUGACUGAUGCCUGGGAAUGGAGGUAGAGAGUGAGAUCGAUGACUCACCGCGCUUCCCUCGCUAUAACGCUUGAAGCUAUCACGCUGCGGUAAAAGCCGUGGCUUGUAAUGUUGCCAACCGAUGGGAUAACUCAGACCUCUCAGUCAGCCCAGUGUGUGUUUGUGUUGGGUGGCCGGCUGGUGGACUGGCAGUCAGGCUACAAUGGCCCCUUCUUACUUUGGUCUCUAUGGCACUCCCACUCGGGGGUAUCUGAACCGGCUGGUGCGGCAGCACGCCUAGGGGCAACUGCGGCCGCGCCAGCCACCUGCGUUCACCAACCUUCGGUCUUCUGGACACUGUUUUGACACCGGGCCCAGGUGGGGGAGGUGGGGAGAGUACGGUAGAUGCUGUGCAAGUCUUUUAUCACUAUAAACUAAUUUGGGCGCAGGUCACCGUGCCAGCUCUCACCAUGCUUUGGAGCACACGGUGGACAUCGUCGACAUCGACGGUCUAACUGCCACAGCCCGGAUAGUUUCCAUUGGUUCAUGGAUCUCAAUGCAGGUUAUUAUUCACGCAAUUGGUCUUGUCCUCUGACCUCCCAUCCUUAUACUGCAUGUUCAUGUCUUAGUUUACAUCGUCAGUUGAAUCACAGCUGCACUGACUGCCAGGGGGGUCGUCGGAUCUCCAUUGGGAUUGCUAGAAAGUUCAUACCUUCCAGCUCCUUCUGCGGAAAAUGUCCUUCUCGAUUGUAGUGGAAAAUUUGUAGGAUGAAGACACUUCAAGCCGUUCGCCUAUAGGUGCGUUCGUUGCGGUUUCUUGAGAGAGAGAGAGAGGGACACAAAGCGAUAAGGGGUGCGUCUUUACUCAUAGUCACCUUUUUCGAAAUACCACAACACCAUUUAACAACGCCCGUUUCAUUCUUGAUGAUCUGAGCAGUUGGCGCGCGACAACUUCGCUUCCUUCAAGAGCAUGCGAACGCAGUCAAUAGACAACGUCAUUAAUUAGCACAAGUAGUAAACAAAGAGGAAGCCAUAAUUUCAAUCGGUCAGGAACUAUGUAGAUUUAAAGUUUUUUUCAGGUGGAGGCGGUUAUCUCAACCGACUAAUAGGGUGACGAUAAUCCGAUGAGUAGCACUCACAAGUCGAUUUUUUUCUAGCUCCAGUGAACGUCAGCCACUUUUGGCCCUUUACGAAUUUUCUCUCAGAACGGAGACUCAGGCUACAAUGGCUCCUUAAUGUGACCCCAGUGGCACUCCCACUCGGUUAGAAUCCGAGCCGCCCUUUUGUUAUUUUGGUAAAAACCUGGUCCAUCCUGCGCCAAUCAGGCGUGUGUGUGUGACGCGUAAACGGGGUGUUUAGGAUGGUGUAAUUAUUUACCUUACUCGCAACACAGGCACUGGCUAAAAGCCCAGACAGGCACGUCUCACCGAUCUUGUGCAGCUACCAGACGCAGCUGAGAGGGUUUCGGCUCAUCAGUGGGUCCCCCAGCCCUCUCCAUGUGUUUUCUGGCAUAUGAACACUCCGGUUCCUCCUUGCCAUGUGUAAUUUCCGUGAAAAUUAUUGCGCGUCAGCUGCGUCAGACAGCGGCACAAGAUCGGCGAAGCAUGCGUGUCUGGGCUUUUAGCUACUUCCUGUCUUGCCAGUACGGUAAAUCAUUGCGCAAUUCUAUACUACUGGCUGCCUGUUGACGGUUUGUGAGUAUUGCGCGGUUAUUCCGCAGUAGCUGAUGGAUUUCAGCUCAAACGUUCAUUUCAAAUUUCGGACCGCGCCUAAAAAGGUCUGUUCAGAAGGAUUUACUCCGCAUUAAUUUCCUCUGAAAUUCAACUAGGUUGGGUGUUUAGGUUUGUCAUCCACUGCGUCCCGUCCGCCGCCGGUCUUCUUGACACCGGACUUAGAUGGCCGAGGGAGGAGAGAGUGCGAUAAGUGCAAUGCAAGUCCUUUAUCAUUAUAAAGUGACUCACAAGCAAGCCAUCGUCCCCGCGCUCACCCUUCUGUAAGGCACGCCGUGGACAUCGUCGGUAAGGACGGUCGGACUAUCAUAUACAGGCUACGUCUUCAGCUCGUUCGCGCGUUCUGAGAGCUGCCCAAUUAAUUUUGUAUUCUCUCCCUUCACACCCCCUGCCCUCCUGUUCUCACCCAUUUUCCCACCCCUCAGUAUAACCAGCCCGCGCAAAAGUACGAAUACUGCUCUGUGAGCCAACGAGCGUUUUGAAUCGCCUGCAGGCAGCACUGUCCGCGUAAUUCUUGACGCCGCGCCUGACUGGCCUCCCCUCUCAUCGCUGCUGGUGUGUUUGUGUGUGUAUAUAUAUGCAUACAUAUAUCGCAUUGUGCGGUCGUGCAUUCCUUGCGGCCGAUGUACACGAUAAUGGUGGGAGGAAGGGGGGACUGAUUCCAUGUAGUUCCGUUUACUUAUGAAGAGUUUCAACUGGGUUACUCACCCGACGUGUGCUGCGAUGCAUGGAAAAGUAAACAGUUGCGUCACUGUCGCAUCAGCCCUGUAAAAAUAGCCGUCAUUCGGUCUCUCUCUCUCUCUCAGCCUUAGCUUAUGCUUUGCUGUCAAGCGUCUUACAUCACGCUCUCUCUUCCCAUUCGUCUCCUAAUCGUUUGCUUUUAAUUUAAACUUCCCCUGCCGCUCAUUUUAGUUGCAACAUGAACCUAAAUCUCGACUACCUCCUGAAACUCAUGUGGGAAUACCUGAACCUGAUCCAAAUCUACACUAAAAAGCAGGGCCGUAAGUCUCUGGGUCACCCAGCUUUACCUCGAGUUUACAUCUAGGCAAACCGGAUCUCAAUGAGGGCAUCAUCCUUCGCAGUGGAGCCAGCGUUGAACAUGUGGUAAGUUGCAUGGGCAUACAGACUGACUGGGCAGCGAGGUAGGCUUACACAAAGAUACUUUUUAUUCUUUAAAAAACGGUCAUCUCGCGGAAAAUUCGCAGAUAUACUUUUCAAGAGACAUUCCGCCGUAGUAUGAUUCUACACCUCUCAUCUGGACUCUCUCCUUUUAGUGCCAUUGUAUUCAUCGGACCCUCGCAAGCAACUUCAAGUAUGCGCUAGUCUGGGUAAGCCCUUGUCUUUUUGAGUCUAGCUCACCAUAUCCUCAUGUUCUUCCUCCGCCCUCCCUUCUUCCCUCCUCUGUCGCUCUGCAGAGUGGUACCUGGAAUUUGAUUGCCGGAUCUUUGGUCAACGCUCUGCCAUUGAGCUACGGGCGCAUUGCUUCAGCAUAUAUUCCUGCCUCCGAGGGCACUACAUUGAGUCCCGAGGCACAACGAAACCUGACCGUAACCCGAUCGAUGCAUGUCAUUCCUACGAUUAUAUAUGUAUGUAUAAUGGUGGAGGGGGCGCUCACCGAUCGGUCUUACGGAACUCGCUCGUUCCGUUGUGCCUUACGGGCUCUCUCUCGAACCCAACCAGCAGCCGCACAGCGGCGCAUGAUAUAUAGGCAGAAUGCUAUUACCGACAAAGACAAGGGACACUGGGAUGGCCAUUUUUUGCCUUACUAGCUGUCGUCAGCCAGUCAUAUCCAAUUCCCAAGUGUGGGACACCUUGGGCUCGAAUUCGCGGCCUGUUUGCUAGAAGUCCAACGCCUCUAACCACUGAACCGCGGGCCCCUUGUCCUGUCGGUUUCGAUCAGGAAUAUACAAUGGUGGAGGGGGCGCUCACCGAUCGUUCUUACGGAACUCGCUCGUUCCAUUGUGCCUUACGGGCUCUCUCUCGAACCCAACCAGCAGCCGCACAGCGGCGCAUGAUGUAGGCAGAAUGUUAUUACCGACAAAGACAAGGGAGCCUGUAUGUUUGCAAACAUGGACUAGCAGCUGUUGUUUUAGGUUGGGCCCAAGUCAGUGUGCCGUGAACGCAGACUGUCGUGAGCGUGCACAUCGACGUGGCGGUUGAUGCUAUUUAUGUUGGAGUGCCAAGCUUCGAGAAAUUCUCGUGCGCUGACGAUCACUUCAGUAACGUCCAAGUUGAAGCGAUGAUCGCACUCAAGGUCGUGCGUAAACACGAGAAGCAAGGGGUCCUGUCGGUGGAAAGUCGGUAUACGUUCAUAAAUGAGGAUUCUAAGUCGUCAGCAGGAGCUGUUAGCACACGGAAUGCGACAAAUGACAUUUGUCUGCUGCUCCUUGGGUAGGGGCUCUUUUACUCGAGGUAAUGCUGUGCGCAGGGAGAACGCCGGCUUGUGGGUGAUGGAAAUGUCCGACCGAGACUAAUUGUCGGGCGAUCGCUUCGGAAAUUCUUGGCAUGUGGGGCAGGGAGUAGAAUUUUCGUGACAUACUGUCUUUACUAGAGUCGAAGCUUUGUGGUUGUCUCUGGCAUCUGCGACGGUUUUUCACAAAGUUGAUUGGAUAUCCGUUGAGCUGGUAGAACCGAUACAAGUAAGCCAGUUCAUUCCUAAGUAAAUCAUGACCACUGCAGUAACGGUAGACUCGGUGGAAAAGAGUUCAAACACGCGUCUUUUAUGGGCCACCGGGCGGUUACUCUUAUUCCUAACGAUGAUUUCGGCAUUAGAGCUUCUUCGGCGAGCGCUUGUUGCGAGACCGCUAUCAGAGUCUUUGUAUACUCACGUCCAAAAGUGGGAGGAUGUCUCCUGUUGCCUUUUCUCGAGUAAAUUGUAGAGCUGGUAAAACGCCAUUCAGUCUCUGGUAACAUUGCUUAACUUUGUAAGCCUUUAUAAUAUCGAAUGUGUCGUUUACGUAUCUGAACCACAUUUUGACUGCAAAGUCCUCUUCUAAUUGUUGUAGAAUCAGCUCUAAGAGUAGCCCCGAUAAUGGCAAGCCCAUUGGGGUACCCUUAAACAGUUUAUAAUACUUGAUUUUGAACGGACAAUACUUAUUGAGACGGAGCCUAAGCAUUUCAAGGACGUGUUGUAUUGGAAUGUUGAUGGAAUGGUCUUGCAAGUGUUGGACUACGCCCUCAAUUGCCGGGUCACGUGGUAUUAAUGGAAACAGGGCAACCACAUCAGAGGAUAGAAUGCCUUCACCAGGACUUGAUUUAAGACCUUGGAUCUUUUGAAGGAAUGCCUGAGAGUUUUUGAGGCUGUAUUGUGGUCCAUCGGUGAGGGGCUUCAGUGCCUGUAUAACCAAUUCGCAAGGUUUUAGGCGAGCCAUCUAAUAAGCGCUACUACGGUCCUCAAUGGUGCAUCCGGUUUGUGCACUAUUGGAAGGCUUUAUGCAUGUGCGAUACAGGGGUCACUGAGAAUCUUAAAUCACCGGGACUUAUCAGCUUUAGUCGAGUAAGUUCAUUCACCUUCUUCACGGUUGUGGCAUGCUUUUUCGUUGGAUCCUCAACGAGUGACGUGUAGGCUUCCCUGUCGUUGAAGACUUAAUUUGCUUUAUUCACGUUAUCAGUCUUGUCCAUGAUGGUGGUUGCACCAUCUGUGUCAGCAGACACAAUCGCUAUACUGUCAUCAGUCUUCAGAGAUCGCCACUUCUUCUUCUCAUCGAUGAGUAAGGUCUGGUGACGCUUCCUUUACUAGUGGGGCGACUACGUAUGCCAUGUCUUCACGGACACCAGAGGUCGUCAGUAUCGGUAGGAUUAACCUCUUCCCCUUUGCCCUAAAAUGCCAAAAGCCGGUGCCGACGUCAAAGCAUGCUGGACUUGCGCUUGCCGUCUCCUUACUGAUGAUGUCACGGAGCCUUUCUCUUUGCCUUCCACAGGGAACAAGCGUGAAGUUUAGUCCCCAGCGAGUCGGUCUUUCGCACAUUAUCAACCACCACGAUGUGAUUCAGAUUGUGAAAAAGUGA